AUGGGCACCGGUUCGGCACAGAAAAGGACUACCUCCUGGGCGGAUAUCGUCCGCCCGGAAGGGUUUCGAUCUUCCGACCAGAAAGCGGCGGCGGCGGCGGGGGCUGCGCCGCGCUCGACCAAGGCGUCGACGAGUCAGCCGGCAGCGGCGGCAGCGACCUCUAACGAGGUCUCCGCUAUGCUCAACACGCCGGGGGCUUUCCCCGCCCCGGGCGCCUACUCCGGUGGGGGGGUCGGGUACAGCGGGCUUAGCGCGGGUCCCUUCGCGGCAUCGCCCCCCCCCUCGUCGUCUGCCUCAGCGGCAGCGUCUUCCGGGCGGCGGCAGCAGCAAGGCGGGAGAGGGAGCGGCAAGGAUUGUACGAGGUUCUGA